AACGGAGGUUCAUUAGAAAAUAAAAAGAAAACGAAAAAGACAAGGAGAGAGAGGGAGAGAGAGGGAGAGAGAGAGGGAGGCAGCUGAAGCAAUAAGGCACCCGUAUAAUAGGAAGCGGGGAAGGUUUUUUUGGCAUUCUCUGUAACGGCGUUUUUCCCGGAUUCCAAAGAGAAAAAACCAGAGAGAGAGAAGAAGAAGGCGAGAGGAGGAGCAAAAGAAGCAAAAGCGGUUUUUGGAGCUCAGAAAAACGGUUCUGUAACGGCAGCCAAAGGGGUAGUGGAGCUGCACAAGAGCGUUACACAACAAGAGAGAGAGAGAUUUCUUCUUCUUCUUAUUCUGCUUUGUGGUGGAAAAAAUCCCAAAAAUCAGAGACCCUCAAAAUCGCCAUUAACACACUUAAUUUUGUUCUUCCUAAUCAGAGAGUUGGGGGGGUGGGUUUGUGCCUAUUUUGCUGUUGAAACAGGGCUGAAUACUGCUUUGCCUGUUGACUUCUGAGGAGAAAGAAGAAGAAGAAGAAGAACCCUUCAAUAAUGGCUAAUCGGGGAGGAGGGGGCUCAUUUUCACCUUCAAAUGUUUCCUCUCAAGGCUGGGGAGGAGAUGAACUUUACACAGAGCUUUGGAAGGCCUCCGCUGGCCCUCUUGUGGAAGUCCCUCGCGUCCGCGAGAAGGUUUUCUACUUCCCUCAAGGCCAUAUGGAACAGUUGGAGGCAUCUACAAAUCAGGAGCUGAAUCAGAAACUUCCUUCGUUUAAUCUCCCCUCCAAAAUUCUUUGUCAAGUAGUUGAUGUUCGGCUGCUGGCAGAGCACGAAUCGGAUGAGGUUUAUGCACAAAUAACUUUAAUGCCAGAGCCAAAUUUAGAUGAACCUAUAAGUCCUGAUCCUUCCAUCCCGGAAUGUUCGAGACCGAAAGUCCAUUCGUUUUGCAAGGUUUUAACUGCUUCUGAUACCAGCACCCAUGGCGGGUUCUCUGUGCUUCGUAAACAUGCAACAGAAUGCUUGCCUCCAUUGGAUAUGACCCAACAGACCCCGACUCAGGAACUCGUCGCGAAAGAUCUUCACGGUUACGAGUGGCGAUUCAAGCAUAUUUUUAGGGGUCAGCCUCGAAGGCAUUUGCUAACGACCGGAUGGAGCACCUUUGUUACUUCUAAGAGAUUAGUUGCUGGAGAUUCUUUUGUAUUCUUGAGGGGGGAAAACGGGGAGUUGCGAGUUGGAGUGAGACGUCUUGCUCGCCAACAAAGCAGCAUGCCUUCGUCGGUGAUCUCGAGUCACAGCAUGCACCUAGGAGUGCUUGCUACUGCAUCUCAUGCCGUGUCAACUCAAACUCGCUUUGUUGUCUAUUAUAAGCCCAGGGCGAGCCAGUUUAUCGUUAGCUUGAAUAAGUACAUAGAAGCGAUGAACAAUAAGUUCUUAGUCGGGAUGAGGUUCAAGAUGAAGUUCRAGGGAGAGGAGUCUCCAGAGAGAAGGUUUUCGGGCACCAUAAUUGGAGUUGAUGAUAUGUCGCCUCACUGGCCCGAAUCAAAAUGGCGGUCAUUGAAAGUUCAAUGGGAUGAACUUGCAUCUAUUCUGCGACCUGAUAGGGUCUCACCUUGGGAGAUAGAACCUUUCGUGGCUCCUACAUCCCCGAACAUGGUGCAAUCGGUUCCAAUCAAGAAUAAAAGGCCCCGGCCCCCACUUGAAAUUCCAGAUUCUGAUAACUCGACCGUAACGACUCUACGACAUCCUGGAUCAACUCAAGCACAUGAUGAUAGAACACAGCUGACUGCUGCUGCUACUGACAUUAAAAGAUUUGAAAAUCAUGUGACAUGGCAUUACAAGCAAACGGAUGUCAGCAGCAACGGUAAUUCCAUAUCGAGGACUCCAAAUGAAGGAUCUUGGUUAACUUCCCCAAAUGCAAGUGUUUCUCAGCAUCGGUUACAGGAUUUUACAGAGGACCGCAAAAGCAAUUCUGUUUGGUCAGCUGUUUUCCCAGGAGCACCAACAGGACACUCAGGAUGUGCAACUCCACGCUCGCCAAAUCCUAAGAAUGACCAAAUACACGACCUCGGGGGAAAGGGGAGGAAAACUGAGGUGGCUUCGAGCUGUAGAUUGUUCGGGAUUGAGCUCAUUAAUCAUUCUAAGAGCUCAGUUCCAUCUGAAAGGGCAGCUGAUCAACCGAUUACCGCAGCGAACGAGAUCACUGAAAGCCAUGCCAAUACAAGCCAUGUCAAUACCUUGCUAUCAUCUAAUGCAGAGCAGAACUCAGACCUUCCAAAGGCUUCUAAAGAAAGAAAACUAGGACUUUUACAAGCACCUCCCAAAGAGAUCCAGCACAAGCAGAACAGUUCGACCAACAGCCGAAGCCGAACCAAGGUUCAAAUGCAGGGGAUGGCUGUAGGACGUGCGGUGGACCUUACAACGUUGGAAGGGUAUGGGCAACUCAUCGAUGAAUUGGAGAAGAUGUUCGAUAUCAAGGGAGAACUUCGCCCUCGUGAUAAGUGGGAGAUUGUCUUCACUGACGAUGAAGGCGAUACAAUGCUCAUGGGCGAUUACCCGUGGCAGGAGUUCUGUAACAUGGUGAGAAGAAUAUACAUAUGGUCAAGUCAGGAUGUGAAGAUGAGUUCAGGUAGCAAACUUACGAUGUCGGCAAUGGAAGGUGACGGGACGGUAAUAACCUCGGAGUCGGCCGACAGUUGAAGCCCGAAGUACGUUACUUUCUCAUAAAAGUUCAAUAUCUUUUGGGUUCGGGGACUGGAUGGGUGAGAGUUAUUCAUGUCUUCUUGUUUGUCUAUGAAAAAAACUGGUUUCAAAUUCGAUCAAAAGUAAGAAAAAGGAAAAAAAAAAAAAAAGAUCAGAGAGAUACAUCAGAAGAUAAUCUUUGGCUCAUUUUCAAAAUGCUUUUGGAGGAGAGCUGAAGAUUAAAAUUUGAAAAAAAAAAAGGAACUUUGUUGAAAUUAAUGAUGAGUGGGUUGGGAAUUGUGGAGGUUAUGGAGUGAGUAGCCUUUGCUUCUAUUCUUGUACAUAAACCCAUUUUGUCAAAUGUACAACUUUAUCUUUUAGACUCUA